GAUUGGCUGUUGUGAAUGCGGAAGUGAGUCAGUGUUUGUGUGAAUCGGUAGCUCGAGUGAAGCUCAACGGAAUAAAACAUGCGCUAAUUAUUGUAUAUUAUCACAAUAAAAAAGAAAACCAACAUCUAAAGGCGCUUUAAAAUGGAGGCGCAAGGUGAUGCGAAUGUCCGAGAUGGAGAAGUUCCUCAGAACCAGGAUCUUGGUUUUGUGCUGCCACCUGUAAUAGCUUUCCUGUCUGAGUACGGCUGGUACGCGGCGUUCGCGUGUGUGGGAGUGUAUCUGCUCCUCCAGCAUCUCCGCAAGAACAGAUCCACAGACAGCCAGAGCUCGACCGUCUCCACCAGCAGCCAAGACCCGGACUCUGUGGUGCAGCGUCAGGUGGCUCUGGAGGCGUCCCGCAGGAGAAUGCAGGAGGAGCAGGAUGCCCGAGCAGCAGAGUUCAGAGACCGGCAGCAGAGGCUGGAGGAGGACAAGAGAAGACAGAAAAUUGAGAUGUGGGAAAGCAUGAAGGAGGGAAAGAGUUACAAGGGAAAGGCACAAGUUGCACAGCAGAGCACAGAAGAGGCCACUUCCUCCAGCUCGCUGAGACCAAAGACAGAUAAAAAGCCCCUUCGCAACAGUGGAUACAGUCCUCUGUCUGGAGAUGGAGGAGGAACGUGCUCCUGGAGACCCGGUAGGAGAGGCCCAUCCGCAGGUGGAUGAGGUUAAAGUGCGGUCAGACUGACCUCUGACCCUUCAUAGGAACACACAAAUAUUAUCUGAAUGAAGCUAUCAUCUCUCAUCACAGGACAAUAGCAAAUAUGGUUACAUUACAUUAGGAUCUUCAUGCACACUUUAAUUUUUUCUGGUGUCAGGCUAAUUGACUUAUGCGUUGUUCUCUUACACACACUCACACUCUACUGCCUGUUUGUUUGAUUGACAGCUUCUAAUGAUGCCUCCUCAUCAAAGGUAUUAAUACUCCUGGGGCGGGCUGAUGAUUUUCAGUAAUAAUCGUGUUCCUGUUUUUAGCUUUUUGCACUUAUGAAGGCUGUGCUAAAUAAACACUUAGAGAGAAUACAUACAAAUGCAGAGUGCUAUGUUUAUAUCAUUGAAAUGGUUGUAUUCUGUUGUAAAAGCAGGUGGUUGGUGAUGUAUAAUAGCAGCCUGCUGUUUUUGCUGUGAGGUCUUUGCUGUUUUCUAGAGCAUUUCAUUAGGACUGAUGUGUCAAAGACAUUGUAUUGUUCUCGCUUUAUAGUUUCUCAGAAUAAAAAUGCAUACUUGCUUAA